GUUCUAGGACCCAGCGGUGAGAUGCGCUAGACGCAGUCGUGUUGUUGACAACUGCAUCGUUUGUGUUGGUAAUCAUCUGUUGCUGAGGGGAACGUUUCGCCGCUGUGUUAUAGACUACAGUAGCGCCUGCAGGAGAGGAGCUCAUUCAGUCCUUCCUCCGCGAGCCCCCUGCCAAACUCCACUUCCUCCCCCGUCCAUGCUCCCACGGCCAGGCCAGGCAGCCGAAUGGAGGACGAACCUGCCAGGCUGCCCGUGCACCUGCGCCUGCAGCCGGUGUUUUGGAGCAGGGAGGACGUGGGCCAGUGGCUGCGCUGGGCGGAGAGGGAGUUUGCCCUGCGGCCCAACACCAGCGGCAGCUUCCAGAUGAACGGCAAGGCCCUGCUCCUCCUCACCAAGGAGGACUUCCGCUACCGCUCGCCCCACUCCGGGGACGUCCUGUACGAGCUGCUGCAGCACAUCCUGAAGCAGAGGAAGCCACACGUCCCCUACCCCUCCGCCUACUUCCCCGGCAACUCCUUUCACCCUCUGCCAGAGGGAGCUCUCCAGCACCACAAACUGGAAGAAACGGUACGGCGGACACCACGUGGUACAGAGCCCCUACCCCAGCACCCUCCCACCAUCGAGCUCCGACACAGCUCUCGCUCGCCAAUCCAACCCACACCCCGCCUCUCCCCCCUGGACCCCAACCACCCACGCCCUGGUGCCGAGGACCACCUCCAGACGUCCUCCCAGCUGCCCGACAACAACCACCACUUGCCCGAGGACUUGUACACUCUGUCGGUGUCCCCGGUCACCCCUAACGGCCGCUGCGCCACGCCCCGCGAGGCCCCCUGCCCAGGCAGCCCCGGGUGCCAGGACGCUGCCCCCCAUCGUGUCAUCCAGCUCAUGCCCAGUGCCAUCAUGCACCCCCUGCUGCUCAGCCCAGGGCGAGGAGGUGCUGCUGGAGACUUCAGGCAUGGCCGUGGGGGGCCACCACUUCAGGCCCCCCAUGAAAAUGGGCGUGAGGGGAAAGGCCACAUCCAGCUGGCACUGGCCCACCACCAGCAGCAGCAACAUGCUCUGCAUCAGCAGGAGGAGGCGCUGUACAGGAACCACCACGUCAUCAUGCCCGUCUCGCCACCAGAGGAGCAGGCAAUGCCCAUUGGACGGAUAGCAGACUGCAGGCUGCUGUGGGACUACGUCUACCAGCUCCUCUCAGACAGCCGGUACGAGAACUACAUCCGCUGGGAGGACACAGAGACCAAAGUCUUCCGCAUCAUGGACCCCAAUGGCCUGGCUCGCCUGUGGGGGAACCACAAGAACAGGACCAAUAUGACAUACGAGAAGAUGUCACGAGCACUGAGACACUACUACAAACUGAACAUUAUCAGGAAAGAGCCAGGACAGAGACUCUUAUUCAGGUUCAUGAAAACCCCAGAUGAGAUUAUGAGUGGACAAACUGAAAGGCUGGAUCACAUAGAGUCUGACACAGACGAUCAAAUCUACAUCAAAGAGGAAUGCUGAGGCCUCUGGGAAAUGGAGUCCACUAAAGGAAUGAACUACUACAGCCGCUGAUGCCUUUCGGAAAGCAGCUCGGACAAUCGUCUCAAACCGAGAGCGCUCGGACAUUCACUCUAUCUAAAACUCAGAGGAACUUGAAGGUGACGUCUCUAGAUUCCCUUUAAAACUUUAAGAUUUUCUUUCCAGACAAAUCUUAUCAGUUGUUUUCUGUCUUAAUGCAAGGAGUUCAAAGGACCUGGCGACAAGUAUAUCUCAUGAGACUUUUAAAAAAGCAUUCCUUUUCCCUGAACUGCCACAGCAAAUCAAUCAUUUAAUGUUUGUCAUGUCAUACAUUGUUGAUUUUUCUUCUCCACAUGUGCAUUAAGUAUAAGAAAAUGUUGCAAUUUAUGCAAAUAAUGGGAGGGUGUGUGUAGCUGGAACGUUUUCACCACAGAAUAAAUCUUUUUGAUCAA